AAAUGUCAGUUGCUGUAAAUUGUGAACAGUAAUGGAGCCUCCAAAAACACAAAAAACACAACAAAAAAAGAAAAAUUAACUAUCAAGGAAUACCUUGUAGAGUUGGCAAUAACAACCAUUAAUACUCUCAAUUCACAGCUCUUUAUCCUUUUUCAUUUUCUAUAAUUCCUAAAUCCAACAAACCCAUCUUUCAAUUUCAGUUCAACUGCUCCUUUCUCACUACCUAAUCUCAGUACUUUCUUCUCUUUCCUCAUCCAAUUUAAUGUCUACUUACACUAUUUAUGUUAACACUAACUUACCAUUUUGUACAGUAAUAAUCAUUUCUUUCUGUUUUUUAAAUCAUUUAAUUUUUGCCCAUUAAUUUAUAGAAGUACAUGCUAUCUGGGUACUUCUUAAUUCUUCUCCAAACAUCUUAAAGUUUCAAUCUUGUUAUUUUUCUGGGGAUUUGUGGGAGAAAAGGAAGAUGCCUUUGGUGAGAUUUACAGUGAAAAAUGAGUAUGGAUUGGGAGUUGAAGAGUUGUAUAAAGAUGGGGUUCAAUCUGAAGAUCCUAAAGCUGUUCUUGAUGGUGUUGCUGUUGCUGGUCUUGUUGGUGUUCUUCGUCAGUUAGGUGAUCUUGCCCAAUUUGCAGCUGAGAUUUUCCAUGGUCUACAAGAGCAGGUUGCUUCUACCUCGUCUAGAAGUCGUAAACUGGUUAAUCGUGUUCAACGGAUUGAAGCUUCACUGCCUUCUCUUGAGAAGGCUAUACUAUCACAAACGGACCACUUACGUUUUGCCUAUACACCUGGCACUGAAUGGCAUGCUUGUAUUCGAGAUGAGCGAAACCAUUUUAUCUUUGAUGACUUGCCACAUUUUAUCAUGGACUCAUACGAAGAGUGCAAAGAACCUCCACGUCUGCAGUUACUCGACAGAUUUGACUCAGGUGGUCCCGGAUCCUGUUUAAAGAGAUACUCUGAUCCAACCUUCUUCAGAAGGGCAUCAUCCAAUUCUGAAGAAUCUAACGGUGAAAAAUCUCAACGAGAAAGGAAGGGUCGGAAAAUAAAGAAGAGAAGAUCAGGGCAACAAAGUGGACAGUUUGCCAAGUCUGCACCAAUUCCAAAUGGCAGUGGCAGGAUGCAAUUUUCUUCUACUGGCCAAGGGCAGUCAUCACGGUCACAAAUGGGUUCUACUUUUGACAUGACCUUCAAAUCAGAUCUGGGGGAUCAGUCAGACUCACACUGUUCAAAGGACGGUACAGACUUUAUCGAAUGUGAAUCUCGUCCAAGCAUAUCUGCACAACCUGAUGUGACAAAGAAUAGGGGGUUAUCUUCUUCAGUAAUGGAAGAAGUAAACACGAACGGAUCAAUAUACGUUGAUGAGCACACUGCCGUAACUAGUGGUGAUGAAAUAUCAAGUCAUGCCGUGGAGCCUCCUAUUCCACUUUCUUCUAGUGCCUCCUGGGAGGAAAAACUGGACCUGGAACCUACUAUCCCGUUUUCUUCUAGUGCCACCUGGGAUGAAAAACUGGAAAUAGUCGAACGGAAUAUGGACGCUAAUCAUAACAUUGAGGACAUCCAACAAGUGCCUGUGACAAACUUUUCCGUUCAUAACCAGGAGAUAAAGCAAGACAAUGAGAUAAGUUCUAAUCAAGUAAAUGACUUUUCUGAACAUGAAAUUAGCUCCGAGUCAAAAACGGAUGAGUGGCGCUUGAGCACAUCUAUAAGUGGGAAAUUCAUGGAGCCGAAUGGACUCCAUUGUGGUAGUUAUGAAAGAGAUUUUAAGACAAAGGUUCAAGUCCAACCACAAUAUCUGGAACCCAUCCGUUUAAUUGCCCGCUCACAAGUGUGGAACUUGUCUGAAGGUGGAAAAGCUCCGGAUCAUAUGAAUGUCUACUUAAUAAAUAAUCCUGCGUUCAAGAUCCCGGAAGCAAAGGAGGCUCAAAAUUCCAUUAAAGCUGAUAUUGAAGUUGCUGACAAAGAAUGGGAAGCAAUCGAUUCAGUUGAUGUCAAAGCAAUUGAAUGGAACCAGAAAGAAUCAGAAAUAGUUGCUGAUGAUCAUGUUAGUCAAGAGGAUGCCAAUGCUAUUGAAUGGAGCAGACAUGAUUUGGAGAUGGUUAAUCAAGAUGCUGAAGGGGACGCCUUUUUGGAAGGUAGAAGCAAUGUGACGGUUAUUGAGUGGAACCAGCUAGAAUCGGAAGGAAUUAAUGCAGGACAUGUUAAUUAUGAAGAUAUCUUUUCUGAAGGCCAAAACAGUGUGAAACUAAUUAAAUGGAACCAGCAAGAACUGGAAUCACAAGAUCCUGAAGAUAGAAACAAUGUGCAAGUAAUUGAGUGGAACCAGCUUGAUGAAAUCGAUAGCGGAACGGAAAACUUUGUUGAUGCUCUAAAUACCAUUGAGUCAGAAUCUGAAAGUGAUUUUGAGACUGAAAUGAAGAAGGAAGUACAAGCAAUAGCUUAUAGGGAUGAAACGGGAGAAAAUGAUGUGAAUGACUUACCGAGAAUAACAAGUAACUUGGAACCUGAGCAUCAACAUCUCUUUACAUCCGCUGACGGCAAAAAAGGAGGAUUAGAAGGUUUGGAGAGCUCAAUUGCUUCUAAAUCAUUAGCCCAUAUUACGUCUCGUGAUCAUAGUUAUUCAUCCGACGAUGGAUCUGAUUCAGCAAGAGGUCAGAAGCUAGAUGUUUCAACUUGCGCUUCCGAUGAACAGUCCGUGCAUACCAGCCAAAGUGCUGUGCCGUCCAAUAUUAGGUCUCUUGACCAUAGUUAUUCGUCCAACGAUAGAUCUGAUUCAGAGAGAGAUCAGAAGCUAGAUGUUUCAACAUGCUGGUGUGAUGAACAGUCUAUGCAUAGCAGCCAAACUGCUAUACCGUCCAAUGUUACCGAGGCUUCUGAUUUAGUUGCUAAUGAGCCUGAAGAAGUACAAGCUGCAGUUUAUGAGAUGAGGCCUACUGCUUCUGCAUCUUCAGAGAAUAUGGGGUAUCCUGACCGUACUCAGUCAUCCUACGACAAGUCUAAAUCAGCUGAAGGCCAGACUCUUGAUGUUUCGACUGGUCUGUUUGAUGAACAGUCGGUGCUAACCAGCCAAACGGAACCUCCUGAUGUUCCUCAGGGUAUUGAAUUUUGUCUAAUUGUUCCUGGAAUAAGACUAGAACCUGGUGAAGUUGCAAAAUCUGGUUCCGAGACUCAUGGUGAUGAGAGAGCUAAAUCUUCACCUUACUCGUCACAGGAAAUUUCAGCUGGGUCAUCCACCAGUUACCCACAUGCAUUUUGGACUAAUGGGAUUCUUUUCGGUCUACAGCCUUCAAAACCUACAGUGUUAAGCGUGCCUAAUGUCGUGGAUUCUGCUCCUACAAGUAAGAUCGAUAAGGUUGGUCAAUGCAGUGUUGAUGUCAUUCACAAGCUUGAUGAUCCUGCAAGAAUGCUGGUGUCAUCCGUCAAUGAAUCUAAGCAUGGUAAUAAAAUAGACAACAACGAUGACGAUGUAGGCUCCUCGGAGAAUGUGUCGCAUCAAAGAUUCCAGAAAACACUUGAUGAUCCCUAUGUGCGGAGUGCUGGUAUUGCCGUUCCUUUUGAAAGUAAAGUUCCCGUAGGUACUAAUAUGAAAAAUGCAUCGUCUGAAGCUACUAGUGCAAGUGAAGAGCGAUCUUCUUUGUUAUCAUUGCUCAGUCGGGGUUUACUAAAAAAUAAUCUCCGUAGAAGUGGGUCACUGGGUUAUGAUGAAUGCCACGAUAGUAAUAGCAAAACUAAUGGGUUUGAUAAUAGACGCCAAAAUGAUGUCACACAUUCAUUGCCGGAGGCUAACGUGAAAGGAAGGUUGAGCUCUCCUGUAGAUUCUCCACCACCUUCACCACCUCUUGAGCAUAUGAAGAUAUCUUUCCAGCCUGUUAAUGGGUUUGAUACUUCUAGACUAAAGCUCAAAUAUCCGGAGGGGGUUGAUCACUAUGAAAAUACCUUAGAUGCAUUUCCGUCAUUUCAGUUAGUUCCAGAAUCCGCUACAUCGCAGCAUGAUAUUGGUUCAGAAUCUGAUAAUGAUACCUUUUGUCAAUCACAUGCCUAUAAGUCAGAUGAGUCCGACAGUCAUCUGUCUGACUCAGAUUCUGAGCAGUGGGAGUCUGGUGAUUCCACUGAAAGUAACGACCACACCAUUUAUAAUGGUUUGGGCCGAAUCUCGUCAGCAGAAUCUGCGUCAAUCUCUCCGCACCAUGAAUUAGAUCACGGAAAUAUGCGUUCUGUGGCGUCUGUCACUGAUGCACAUUCAUCUUGUGAUCCUUCAUCUCGUUUUCCUAUUCUGGAUGCUAAAAACCCAGUUUCUUAUCAAGAAAUGAAACUGCGUCUGACAUCAGGAGCAGAUUCUUCGCACCUGCAGGAGCCGACACAUGAACCACCACCUCUUCCACCUCUGCAGUGGCGGGUUUCAAGGCCUCAGUUUGAUGAAGUAGGAGGCAACGAGGGUUGGAGAUCUGAUACUCUGAGUCAGCCUUCUGUUUCAAAUCAUCUUUCAGAUUCUGCCGUCGCUUACCAAACUAAAUUGGACUCAGCUAAGCAAAUAAAUGAAGUUCGGGAAUCAGCUACAGUUGUUAAUCUGAAAGAGGCGGAGGAACCAAAGUUUGGCCAGGAACGAACAUAUCAUGCUGAAAAUGAGAGAAAAGUAGAUGAUGGGGGCAAUUUUCUUCAGCAAAUUAGAACAAAGUCCUUCAACCUUAAACGCACAGAACCGAUGCGACCAACUUACGCGCCUAUCCCUGCCACCAGUAAUAAAUUUACAGCUAUCCUGCAAAAGGCCAGUGCAAUCCGCCAGGCUGUUGGAAGUGAUGAUGGAGAGGAUGAUAGCUGGAGUGAUACCUGAUCUCUCGGGUGCAAUUUUGCAGUUAGUUCUAAGAAUAAUCAUGAUUUGGUCAAUGCUUAGUUAGAUUAAUUAGAUUUUUUGCGCUUAAUGAUCGUAAUUGUGAAUAGUAAGUAGUUCUUUAUGUAAUUAGAUUAUAAGCCUAAGUUUGUAGGUUCCUAAAGUCCUGUGAAUCAACGUAAAGUCUUUCUAAGGAGGUGCUUGGCUCUUAUAUCAAUAUACUCUUAUAGCUCGUUAAAUUAUAUUUUAGUCAUCUCUCUUAAAUCGUACUAAUAAAAUACUCCAUGAGAAAUAAAAUUAUAUGCUAUAUUGCUAUUUUAAAUUUUCAAAAUUACUCAUCUCUAUAAAAUAUUCUUCUAAUAGAUAAUAGGUAAUAUAAAAUAUUCUUUGAAUAAUGGGGUACGGGUUUGUUAUCUUUCCUCAUUCAGAUCCUAUCUUUAAGUGGGAUAUUAGAUAGAUGAUGAUAAUUUGCUUUAUACCUUCAAUUAUUUUAUUAAAGAAUCAAACAUGUACCAAAGUGUUUAUCCAAUACUAAUUAAUGGAAUCAUAAAACAAAAGGCAAUCACAAUUUUGUACACCACGCAAUUAAAAACAAUACU